AUGAUGGUGGAAUCCGCCUCGGAGACAAUCAGGUCAGCUCCGUCUGGUCAGAACGGCGUGGGCACCCUCUCCGGGCAGGCCGAUGGCGGCGGCGGCAGCAGUAGCGGCGGCGGGGCUGCAGGCCCUGCCGCAGGCGGUGCGGGCAGGGACUCAGCCGUGGGCGCGGACAGCAACGGCGAGAUGAGCCCUGCGGAGCUCCUGCACUUCCAGCAGCAACAGGCUCUCCAGGUGGCCCGGCAGUUCCUGCUGCAGCAAGCCUCGGGCCUCAGCUCCCCAGGGAACAACGACAGCAAGCAGUCGGCCUCUGCUGUGCAGGUGCCUGUGUCCGUGGCCAUGAUGUCGCCCCAGAUGCUUACCCCCCAGCAGAUGCAGCAGAUCCUGUCGCCCCCCCAGCUGCAGGCCUUGCUCCAGCAGCAGCAAGCGCUCAUGAUCCAGCAGCUGCAGGAAUAUUACAAGAAGCAGCAAGAGCAGCUUCACCUACAACUCCUCACCCAACAGCAGGCCGGGAAGCAGCAACCCAAAGAGGCCCUGGGGAACAAGCAGCUGGCCUUCCAGCAGCAGCUUCUGCAGAUGCAACAGUUGCAGCAGCAGCACCUGCUCAACCUGCAGAGACAGGGGCUGGUCAGCCUGCAGCCCAGCCAAGCCUCGGGGCCCCUGCAGACCCUCCCACAAGCAGCUGUGUGCCCCACGGACCUGCCCCAGCUGUGGAAGGGCGAGGGUGCCCCCGGGCAGCCCGCCGAGGACAGCGUCAAGCAGGAGGGGCUGGACCUCACCGGCACGGCCACCACCGCUACCUCGUUCGCCGCCCCCCCCAAAGUCUCACCCCCCCUCUCCCACCACACCCUGCCCAACGGACAGCCCACUGUGCUCACACCUCGGAGAGACAGCUCCUCCCACGAGGAGACGCCUGGCUCCCACCCCCUGUACGGACAUGGAGAGUGCAAGUGGCCAGGCUGUGAGACCCUGUGUGAAGACCUGGGCCAGUUUAUCAAACACCUCAACACGGAGCACGCCCUGGACGACCGGAGCACAGCCCAGUGCCGUGUGCAGAUGCAGGUGGUGCAGCAGCUGGAGAUCCAGCUCGCCAAGGAGAGCGAGCGGCUGCAGGCCAUGAUGACCCAUCUGCACAUGCGGCCCUCGGAACCCAAGCCCUUCAGCCAACCACUGAACCCAGUCCCCGGCUCCUCCUCAUUCUUCAAGGUGACCGUCUCCGCAGCCGACUCGUUCCCAGACGGCCUUGCGCACCCCCCCACCUCGGCUGCCGCCCCCGUCACCCCGCUGAGGCCCCCCGGCCUGGGAUCAGCCUCGCUGCACAGUGGGGGCCCUGCCCGGCGGAGGAGCAGCGACAAGUUCUGCUCCCCCAUCUCCUCAGAGCUGGCCCAGAACCAUGAGUUCUACAAGAACGCCGACGUCCGGCCGCCCUUCACCUACGCCUCCCUGAUCCGCCAGGCCAUCCUGGAAACUCCCGACAGGCAGCUGACCCUGAAUGAGAUCUAUAACUGGUUCACCAGGAUGUUUGCCUAUUUCCGGAGGAACACGGCCACCUGGAAGAAUGCGGUGCGACACAACCUCAGCCUGCACAAGUGCUUCGUGCGCGUGGAGAACGUCAAGGGCGCCGUGUGGACUGUGGACGAGCGGGAGUACCAGAAACGAAGACCGCCAAAGAUGACGGGGAGCCCCACCUUGGUGAAGAACAUGAUCUCGGGCCUCAGUUAUGGAGCACUUAACGCCAGCUACCAGGCUGCCCUGGCCGAGAGCAGCUUCCCCCUCCUCAACAGCCCCGGCAUGCUGAACCCUGGCUCCGCUAGCAGCCUCCUGCCCCUCGGCCACGACGACGCGGGUGCCCCCGUGGAGCCGCUGCCCAGCAAUGGCAGCAGCAGCCCGCCUCGCCUCUCCCCACCCCAGUACAGCCACCAGGUACAGGUGAAAGAGGAGCCGGCUGAGGCCGAGGAAGACAGGCGGCCCGGACCCCCCCUGGGGCCCCCCAACCCCAGCACCGCGGGGCCUCCAGAAGACAGGGACCUGGAGGAGGAGCUGCCUGGAGAAGAACUGUCCUAA